CACACUUGGUCUAUGUCGUGAUAUAGGCGUAACUGUUACCCUCGCCUUAAUCAUAUCCGUCCAAAAAGAGGAGGCAUAUAAUCUAUAUCUACCUCCGCCGAUCGUCCAGGAAGGUCCAGGAAGGUCUAGUUGACUAACGCCAAUCCCAAACUCAUUCGCUCGCUUUCGGCACGAAGCUAUCUUGUGCCUUGAUUCACUUCUUUCGUUCUACUUAAUUAUUGUAAUACAGCUUUUACAAUGGCUGGCCCAGGUGGUGGUCCCCCGCGACGCAGUCACACUAAGUCGCGCAAGGGCUGCGAUAAUUGCAAACGUCGGCAUAUCCGAUGUGAUGAGAACUUUCCCCAAUGCCGUAACUGCACCAAGCACAAGGUCCGAUGCCCGUACAACGAUGUGCCUGUUCCUGAUGAAAGGGCAGCCACUCCCGAUAAGCCCGAUCUGAUGUGGACCCCUGAGAUCGAGGCCGCCGUCGAGCAGUGGCAGCGAACUGGAAUCUUCCCGUUCCCGAGCCUUAACAUCUACCCAGCGCCGGCACCUCAGUACUAUUCGGUUGAGGAUCUAAGGCUGAUUUUCCACGUUGCUGCCAUCUGCAAUGAGAUGAGUGCCAUGGAUGCCAACGGGUUUACCCUCUGGACCCGUCAGAUUCCAACGAUCAUUAAAAUCGGUGCUACCCACGGCUACGUUAUGCAUGCUCUGCUCGCUUUUUCGGCCGAGCACAUCGCUUUCUUGACAAACUGUCCUCAUGUGGGAAGCAUGGCUUACGAGCACCGUGGAGUCGCCUUUAAAGGAUUGCAGGAAGCCAUUGGAUCGUUCUCACGUGAAAAUUCAGACGCCGUUCUAGCUGCCUCUCUCGUGCUCUCGUGGCAGGCGACAGAUUGCUGGACCCAGUUGAUGCAAGGGACCUCGUCCGUCAUCGAUGCAAUGGAGCCCUGGAAGCACGAGUCCCAAUUUGGAGAGUUCAUCGCUGAAAGCAGCACGUUCCCUACUGCGCCCCCGUCUCCGACUCCGGAUCACAAGCCUCAUCAACCACGGAAGGAGGAUCUUGAUGCUUUCCAGCGUACUAUCAAUCAGAUCACCAAGGUCGAAGCUCAUCUCAAGCAAAACAAGGAGGAUCCUCAAUUAGCGACCCAGCUAGUCUGCUUCCUUAAAGGCGCUCGCAAGGUCAGCCCGAUCCAGUCGAUUGAGGAUCAGUUCGAUCGUCUCCGACCUCUCCGAACCUGGCUAUUUUGGCUUCCCGUGAUGUGCUUCAAGCAGAAUGGCACAUCUCCAAGUGCUUUGGUCGUUGUCGCGCACUACUACACUGCUGCGAUCAUGAUGGAACGCCUCUUCCCCGAGAUUGGUGCCGCAUACUUCGGUAGUCUUGCCAUUGGACCGGUAGAGGAAAUUGCCCGACGACUACUUUCGAUCAACGUUUCGGGGAGCCUCGAUGGAGAUUCGCAGACGCCGCUCACGCUCAUGGAAUUCCCCAUCGACACCGUCAAUGAAUUCCGAUCUCGCAUGGGUUGGGUCCAACCGGUUCGUACGCCGUCAUUCCCUCAAUUCGACCCUCCCAACUUCUACAUGAGCGAGAACGUGAUGCAAGGUACUCCUCCUUCGACGACUUCGUAUCUGCCGUAUGGGGACAACCCAGCAUUCAGCUGGAGCACUGAGGAUCUUUCCGUGAUGGGUCCUGAGCAGGAGUCCGGCAACGCGGUUAGUCCUUUGGUCAUCUCUUCGCCGUUUCCGAGCCAGCAGUACCUCAGCAUUCCGUCGCCUUCGUACGGAGGCUACAGCCCGGUGUCUUCCACAUUCGGAGAGGGUUCCAUCGCAUAUAGUGACCACGAUGAAUUUGGCUCGUGGGAUUCUGGCAUGACGGCCUAUCCGCCUCUUGGCUCUGAAGUCCCACAUUGGCUCUCCGUUUUGACGUGGAAGAGGAUAAAAAUGAUUGACCAUACCGCUCAGGAACACCAAUGCUCAGCAUCCACCAUCUUCGUCUUCAAAUUACCUCCCGUUUGAGGUUCCAAUGCAGCAGCAGGACUAUGCACCUUCACCAUUUCUCAAACCCGAUCAAUGGCACGGAUUUCCUACGGAAUCGACUACUCCUCUUUCUCUCUCGGCGCCAUCACCUAGCUUCAUGACGCCUCAAAUGUUCCCACAUCAUCACCACCGGCAAAAUUCCUCGGUAUCAUCCGCCCCGAUACCAUUC